AAUGUGCUGCAGGGACUCUCCCAGACUCUAUAAUCAUGUUUGGCUGCUCUUCUCUAGGCAGAAGCUGAAGAAGAUUGUCACUCUGAGUUGGUAAGAACCGAUGACCAUGAAAGAUCUGGUGAAGCAAAUCUUCAGGCAGAGCUCCAGAUGUUCAGAGCUCAGUGGAUGUUUGAGCUGGCCCCAGGCGUGAGUUCUAGUGGGUUGGAGCCUCUACCAUGCAGAGCAUCUUCAAGAGGACCUGGAGUGAAGUCCGUAGAUGCCAAAGGGAAACAGGAGAUAGCAAAAGAGGAAAAGGCAAAAGAACUUUUCCUGAAGGCAGUGGAAGAGGAGCGAAAUGGGGCCCUUUAUGAAGCCAUCAAGUUUUACCGUCUAGCCAUGCAGCUUGUUCCUGACAUAGAGUUUAAGAUCACCUACACACGAUCCCCAGACAGUGAUGGAGUUGGAAAGAGGUGUGUGGAGGAUAACAAAGAGGAUGGCAAAAUGGUUGAUCUCCUGUCGGAUUUCCAGCAGCAGUUGACUCUGCAGGAAUCUUCAGUCAAACUUUGUCAGCCUGAGGUGGAUGUCAGCCAGACCCAUAUCUCAGCGCUGCCGAUGGAAGUCCUGAUGUACAUUUUCCGAUGGGUGGUUUCAAGUGACUUAGAUCUGAGAUCCUUGGAGCAGCUCUCUCUUGUCUGCCGAGGGUUUUACAUUUGUGCCAGAGAUCCUGAAAUCUGGCAUCAAGUCUGUUUGAAAAUAUGGGGCAGGAGCUGCAAUAAACUUGUUCCAUACACCUCUUGGAGGGAAAUGUUUCUGGAGAAGCCUCGAGUUCGGUUUGAUGGUGUGUAUGUCAGCAAGACAAAAUACAUCCGUCAAGGAGAACAGUCUCUCGAUGGUUUCUAUAGAGCAUGGCACCAAGUGGAAUAUUACAGGUAUUUGAGAUUCUUUCCAGAUGGUCAAGUCAUGAUGCUAACAACUCCUGAAGAUCCUCAGUCUAUAGUUCCUCGCUUAAGGACUAAAAACACAAGAACGGAUGCAAUCUUGCUUGGCCAUUAUCGCCUUUCCCAGGAAACAGACAAUCAAACCAAAGUCUUUGCUGUAAUAAUGAAGAAAAAGGAAGAGAAACCAGUUGACUACCACAAGUACAGAUAUUUCCGCCGAGUUCCUGCACAAGAGACAGAUCACAGUUUUCAUGUAGGACUGCAGUUGUGCUCCAGUGGGCGCCAGAGGUUCAACAAACUCGUGUGGAUACAUCAUUCUUGUCACAUAACCUACAGGUCGACUGGUGAGACAGCUGUCACUACUUUCGACAUCGACAAGAUGUACACCCCUCUGUUCUUUGCACGAGUGAAGAGUUUCACUGCAUUCUCAGAAAAGCCUCUCUAGGAAAAAACACUUUCUCCCCUCACAACUCUUGCAUGGAGGUUGUAGCUAACGAGCACUUAAGUUAUAAAUGUGUAUAUAUUUGGAACACUUUAAAAUCCUGGGAAAUCUUUUCGAGGGCAGUGUGUUCUCUCGGGUGAUGAAUGGCUGGGGUUCUGUUUUGAGAUCAAGCUUAGGAGUGUUAAGCACCUUUAAUUUGUGAUCAGAAUUGGAUAA